CCUUUUCUUUAAUAGCUCCAACUCCACUAUUUUGAUCAUUGACAUGGCGAUGAUAUUUUCCAUGCGAGCGAGAAUUUAAGUUGAGCAUUAAUCAACAUUUGUAAUUUGGAUCCUAAGUCCGAAGAAUAUGGAAGUACUGUUCUUCAUCAAAGGGAGGAAGAAGUCGUCGGAGAGGGAGAAGGAGGUGAUCAAGGAUUCGUUGUUGCAUGGCAAGGAGAUGGUGGUGCCGAAGGGGUGCAUGGCGGUGUACGUGGGGGAGGAGCUGAGGCGAUUCGUGAUCCCGACGAGUUACCUGUGCCUGCCGGUGUUCCGGCAGCUGAUGGAGAGGGUGAGGGAGGAGUUCGGGUUCGACCAGGCCGGCGGGCUGCGGAUCCCCUGCGACGAGAAAGACUUCGAGCAGCUGCUGCAAGUGUUGCGAGUGCAGGCGAGAUCCUCGGGGAAGAAGGGCAAGAAGCUGAUGAGGAACUUGAUAUGA